AUGGGAGUAUUGGCAAUUAGGCUCAAAACAUGCCAAUAUCUACAUGGAAGUGCAUCUGGUGCAUUUUUCAACGUGGGGAAUAAUGUAAUGAAAGCGGAGGCAUAUCUGCCCCAAGGGUUCAUGGAAAGGACUCAAGAAGUUGGACUGGUGAUCCUGUCUUGGGCUCCACAAGUGGCGGUGCUCCGCCACCCCUUCACCGACGGAUUCCUCUCACAUUGCGGGUGGAACUCGACCUUGGAAAGCAUAAGCCACGGUGUUCCCAUGAUUGCGUGGCCGUUGUACGCGGAACCAAGGAUGAAUGCCACGAUGUUGACGGAAGAGGUGGGGGUGGCAGCACGUCCAGUGGUGGGAGAAGGGAAAAACGUAUUGGAACGAGAGGAGAUAGAGAGGGUGGUGAGGUUGGUGAUGGAAGGUGAAGAGGGGAAAGAGAUGAGGCGUAGGGUACGAGAGCUGCAAAGCAGUGCCCUGGCCACACUGAAACCAGGUGGACUAUCUUUUGAGUCCCUUUCUGAAGUGGCUGAGACCUGGACAACCACCGCACUUUUCUCAAUAGUACGGUAA